AGAGCCCUCGCCUGAAGUAACUGCUGCUGUGCUAGUGUGAGAGAGCACAUUUCUGAAAAGGAGAGUUUCCAGGGAGUGAGAUCAUAUCCAGGAUGAGGCAGUAUGUUCAGGUUCCAACUGUUGAGCAAGAAAAAGCCUAUGAUUAUAAUUCUGCUUUUGAACCAAGACCAUGUAUGUGUUUGGGAGUGUGUUGCUGCUGUGCUGCUUUGAGACCUCGCUACAAGCGUCUGGUAGACAACAUAUUUCCUGAAGAUCCAAAAGAUGGUCUUGUUAAAGCUGACAUGGAGAAGCUGACUUUCUAUGCAGUGUCUGCGCCAGAAAAGCUGGAUCGAAUCGGCGCUUACCUAGCAGAGAGACUGAGCAGAGAUGUUGUCAGACAUCGCUAUGGGUAUGUUUUAAUUGCCAUGGAGGCAUUAGACCAGCUCCUAAUGGCUUGCCAUUCUCAAAGCAUAAAGCCCUUUGUGGAAAGUUUUCUUCAUAUGGUGGCCAAGCUUCUGGAAUCAGGAGAACCAAAGCUUCAAGUUCUUGGAACUAAUUCUUUUGUCAAAUUUGCCAACAUUGAGGAAGACACACCUUCAUACCACAGACGCUAUGACUUCUUUGUGUCUCGAUUCAGUGCCAUGUGUCAUUCAUGUGACCAUGAUCCAGAAACACAAACCGAGAUUCGGAUUGCUGGAAUCAGGGGCAUUCAGGGAGUGGUUCGAAAAACAGUUAACGAUGAACUUCGAGCAACUAUAUGGGAACCUCAGCACAUGGACAAGAUCGUACCUUCGCUGCUGUUUAAUAUGCAGAAAAUAGACGAUAUUGACAGCAGAGUAGGCCCUCCAUCCUCACCUACAGGAGGAGAGAAAGAGGAAAAUCCUGCUCUGCUGGCUGAGAACUGCUUCAGGGAGCUACUAGGAAGAGCAACGUAUGGAAAUAUGAAUAAUGCUGUCAGACCAGUUUUUGCGCAUUUAGACCAUCACAGACUAUGGGAUCCCAACGAAUUUGCUGUUUCCUGCUUCAAAAUCAUCAUGUAUUCUAUACAGGCACAAUAUUCCCAUCAUGUAAUACAAGAAAUUCUGGGACACCUUGAUGUUCGUAAAAGAGACUCGCCACGAGUUCGUGCUGGCAUUAUUCAGGUUCUUUUGGAAGCAGUUGCAAUAGCAGCCAAAGGAUCAAUAGGCCCAACAGUUCUGGAAGUUUUUAACACCUUGUUGAAGCACUUACGCAUCAGCGUUGACUUUGAGCUGGGUGAUAGGCGCAGUUCAGCAGGGAGUGCCACUUUCAGCACAAGCUCCAAGGAGAGUGAUGAGAGGAUUGUCCAAAAUGCUAUUAUCCAAACAAUUGGAUUUUUUGGAAGCAAUCUCCCGGAUUACCAGAGAUCAGAGAUUAUGAUGUUCAUUAUGGGAAAAGUACCUGUUUUCGGGGCAACAUCACAAUCACUGGAUACCAGUCACCUAGGAGAUUUGGGAACCAGGCGGAUUCAAAUUAUGCUGUUGAGAUCUUUACUUAUGGUGACUUCAGGAUACAAAGCAACAACAAUAACUAAUGCACUUCCUCCCCCAUUCCUGGACCCAUUAUUGUCUCCUUCACUCAUGGAAGACUCUGAACUAAGGCAGCUGGUUUUGGAAAUACUGCAUAACCUCAUUGAUCGGCAUGACAACAGAGCAAAGCUCAGAGGGAUAAGAAUAAUACCAGAUGUUUCUGAUCUAAAGAUAAAACGAGACAAAAUCUCAAGGCAAGACGUGAGCUUCAUGAAAAAGCAUGGUCAGCAGUUGUACAGACACAUCUACUUAGGCUGUAAAGAAGAAGACAAUGUCCAAAAAAACUUUGAACUUCUGUUUACAUCUCUAGCUCUUACCACAAUUGAACUAGCCAAUGAAGAAGUAGUUAUCGACCUCAUUCGAUUAGCUAUUGCUUUGCAGGACAUUGCCAUCAUCAAUGAGGAUAAUCUGCCAAUGUUUAAUCGUUGUGGUGUCAUGGCAUUGGUUGCAGCAUAUCUAAACUUUCUGAGUCAGAUGAUUGCAGUUCCUGCCUUUUGUCAGCAUGUCAGCAAGGUCAUUGAGACUAGAAGUCUGGAAGCAUCUUAUUUUCUGCCAGAAACAAUUUUCAAAGACAAAUGCAAUCUUCCAAAAUCCUUAGAGAAGCAUGAAAAAGAUCUAUUUUUCCUCACGAACAAGAUUGCAGAAUCAUUAGGAGGCAGUGGAUACAGUGUGGAAAGACUGUCAGUCCCAUAUGUACCUCAGGUGACAGAUGAGGACAGACUCUCCAGGAGGAAGAGCAUUGUGGACACAGUGUCUAUUCAAGUGGAUAUUCUGCCUGGCAACAACACAGAGGAUAAGAAUGAUAAUACUGAAGAAAUCACCUUUGAAGCUUUGAAGAAAGCAAUUGAUAACAAUGGGCUUGAAGAACAGGAAAAAGAAAAAAGGCGCCUUGUGAUUGAAAAGUUCCAGAAAGCACCAUUUGAAGAAAUUGCAGCACAAUGUGAAACCAAAGCAAACUUGCUUCAUGAUAGACUUGCACAGAUACUGGAACUCACCAUUCGCCCUCCACCCAGCCCCUCAGGAACGAUGACCAUUACUGCUGGACAUGCUCAUUACCAGUCUGUUCCAGUCUACGAGAUGAAGUUUCCAGACCUUUGUGUGUAUUAAGUGUCUUCUGAAGUCUGCUGGACAUUAUUUAGAGUAGAAUACAAUAGAAAGAACAAGAUGAGUUUUCAAACUUUUAUUGUUUAUUUCCUCUAAUGAUGGACAUGAGCCAUAUAAGGGUUACUCUAGCCAAACUUAUGAGACUGUCUCGUUUUGUUUUCCUUUGUAAUAUAUUUGAAGUUAGGUUUUUCAUAUAUCAUGUUCCUUCAUUGUCAUGUUUGAGUACAUGUAAAAGCCAGGUUUAAAACUUGUCUUGCUAUACAGGUGAAUAUUUCAGUUACUCUAGGAAUUUGUAUUUCUGUAAAUUCCUUUAAUUUCAGGCACUGUAACUGAAAAACCUGUUAAAGCCUUUUGCUUUUUUGUUGUUGGUGGUUGGUUGUUGUUUUUUAAUCCUCUUCACCUCAAUUAUAUAUCUUAACAGGAAUGCUUUUGGCUUGCUUCAUCUUAUUAAAUGUAACCAGUGGAGCACAACCUUAGCUCCCUUUGUUCAUGCUGUCAUAGGUAGCCAACUUCUUUGUUUUGGAAUAUAUGGAAAAAAAACAAUACCUUACACGUGUUCAAGUACAGUAAAUGAAUUAAUGGACACUUAUUAAGUAAUUUUUUUUUGAUGCAUCACAUAAUAAUACAUUUUAGAUAUGUAUGCCCAGUGUGUGUCCUGCAUUUCUUGUUAAACUUUAACUGCUUUGCAUAAGAGAUGAGAAGUCUCCUCUUGAAGCACUGAACUGUGCAAUACUUUUAAUGUCUUAAGGUGUAUCGUUUACAGACUGUACUUUUGAAAAUGCAGUAGUAUUUUACUGUCUGCUUUGGUAUAAAUACAGGAGAGAUAUAUUUAGUAUAGCAAAAAAUAAACUGAGGGCAUUUUAAAUCAUAAAUACAGAAAUUGCAAAUAUAUUCUACGAGGUAUUCUAUUCUCUGUAGUUUAUUACAGCUUUGUAAUGAUAUUUUAGAAAUUGAAAGAAAACCGGAUGAAACAGUUUAAAGAUGAGGAAUUUAUUGCAUAUUUUCAAGCAAAAGCAUUUUUAGAGAUGCAUUUCUGUGUUCGUUUUUGUUCCAUUUCUCAAACGUUUCUAGAAAUAAAGAAAAUAUGGUAACUUUCAUAGGUUUAUGUAUCUGAGUAUACUAUUCAAAUGUAAAGAAAGGAAUAUAUAUAGUAAAUAUAUAUUAGAAUAUAGGAGAUCACUGAAUUUUGGAUAAUUUUCAAGGCUGUCCUUAUGCCUCUCCAAAUUCUGUAGGCAAAAAGAAAAAACAAUGUUCAUUGAUGACAUGAAUAGUAAAUUUGAAGUCCCUUAAUCUGUCUGAAUCUGACUGAAGCAGCACAAACAUCAGUGAAAGUUCUCAAAUAUCUAUAAUCAAUGUAAGGCACUUAGUUAGCAGGUUAGAUAAACAGCGAUCAGGGCACAAACAAAGUCAACUAACUUCAGUUCAUCCUGCUUUGAGCAGGAGCUUGGUUUAGUUGACCUUCACAAGUCCCACCCUAAAUUAAUCCAUGAUUCUGAAUGGUUCUCUGUCAGCUGUUGUGCUGGCUGAGCAUUUGCAAACCCACUGUAAAAAGGAUUUUAAGGUUUUUAUAACUGUAGUACAGUAUUCCACUGGGCUGCUUUCAAAAGCCUGAAGUGACAUAAUAUCAGAGAAAUAUCAGCUACUUAAACCUAUGAGAUAACAUGCUGAGACUUUCAGAAAGCAUUCACAAAACUCAAAAGGUAAUUGAGACCUUCUUUUCAGUUUAACAGUGCAAUCACAGCUGUUAGUGGAUGACGAAACAGCCCCUUAUCUACAGCAUUCCGUUGUGAUUUUUACUGCUGCAGCGUUUCAGCCUGAUCAGACCACAGUCUACACAUAAAUAGGACUCUAGCUUUUAGUUUUCACUUUUUGGGGGGUUUUUAAGGUAAGACGUUAUAGUUUUGUGGCCUAUAUAAAGAGUGUAAUUUUUUAAAUAGUAAAUCUAGGGAUACAAUGUUAACCACUUGUCCACUCUGUCAUUUUCUAAGAAUAACACUGCACUUUUGUACAAAAAUGAAAUACGGAGUCUAAGAAAUAAAGAAUGUACUUCUGUUUGCACUCUUGCAGUAUGGAGACUGUGCUGUAAAUACAGGAUUGUUUCUGUGAUUGAAUUCUGUUGCAUGAAUGCUGCAUGUGAAAAUAACUAGAUUCAGCAUUUCAUUUUCUGUUUAUGAAGUAUUUUUCAUUUGUGCUAAUGAUAAGGUUCCACGUUUUCAAUGUUCAAAUGAGGUUGGUUUGGGAAAUGCAGGUGUUGUGCAGGUAUUGUGCAGGGAAUGAAGAGCUUGCAACACCCUGUGUGUUCACAGGAUAAUUAAUUUCUUCCUUUCUGGAAAUUCAGGGAGUCUGUAAGUUGAGAAUUGGUUCGCUCUGGCCUUUGUAGACAGCUGGGAGAAGGGAGUGACUGUAAAAUGUAUUGGUUUGGUAGCUGUUGUUAUGUGUAGUCAGUGAAUGAAACCAAAUGAAUUAAGAAUGCUGUUGUACAGUAUAAAGCUGCUUUUUUUAACGGGUCUCUUUUAUGUUCUUGAGGCAAGUUGCAGAACUUAAAAGCUCCAUGUGCAUACGGGCCCUGUGUUAUCUGCAACAUACUGAGUACUGUCACAGUGGUUAUAAAUCCAGCUGUUCCAAUGUGUUCCAGCUUUUGCUUUGGAUUCUUCUUCCCAUUAUGUCAUUUUGAAAAAUUAUAGAUUAUGGUAGUGGGUCAUUUUAAAGUAAAUUUAAAUCCAUGUUGAUUUUAAAAGAUGAAAUUAAUUGAUUAUCCAAAAUCAAGAGUAGGGCUAAUUUGUCUGUUGUUCUGAUGGUCAUAUAUUCUGUACUGUAUGUCAUGAUCCAGUUUCAGUCAAUGUAAGAACACACUGUGCAAUAUAUAUUUAAGCAAUAAAACCCAAAUUUAAAAUCAA